AUGCCCGAGCGCAUUCUGAUAACUGGAGGAACAGGCUUCCUAGGCUCGCACGUCGCAGAGCAACUCCUUGAUGAAGGAUAUAACGUCCGUUUAGCAGCUCGAAGAGCAAAGAUUCUAGGCCUUUUGGAGGUUUAUGCCCAGCAUGUUACCGAUGGUCGAAUGGAGAUCACGCGAAUCAUGGAUCUUGCGAACGAACAGUUUAUUACCCUCUUCGUGGGCGUGGACGCGCUCAUACAUAUGGCGGCGCCACAGGUGGGAAGAGAGCAUCCUGAAUGCACGUUACGGAACACGGUCGAUGGGUCGCUGAACGUUAUCCGUCAAGCUGAAAGGGCCGGCAUCAAAAAGAUAAUUGUGACGAGUGCCGCCGCAACGGCAUUCGGACCAAAGGGGAAUGUAUCGGACCAAGAAUGGAAUCCUGUAGAUAGAGGUGUCGCGCUUCAGAGCGGAAACCCUCUUGCAGUUUUCACAACGGCCAAAACGUUAGCAGAAAAGGCCAUCUGGGAUUUCGCGAGUUCACACCCGCAUGUCGAAUUUACAACAAUAAACCCAACAAUAAUAUAUGGGCCACUCGCCAGGUCCCAUAAAGUUCCGAAGAGCAACCCAGCUGGCCUCUCCACCAACAUACUCGUGUACCGCCUCCUCUUCCCGACAGGCGCAUUUCCAACAACGGUCGACCAUGUAGACGUCAGAGAUGUCGCUCGUGCCCAUGUUCUAGCUUUGAAGUCGCCUCCAACCUUCAUAGUCGGCCGGAAACGCAUCAUAGUCGGCUCGCCACACGUUUUGGACUUUCGACAAAUCACCCAACUUAUUAGAGAGAAAAGACCCGAACUUGCGGAGAGACUGACGAAAGUACCCGUCCCAACGUUCGAACGGCUGACACUACCCAUCAAUUUUGGGAGGAUCGAAGAUGUUCUGGGCAUGUCGAAAACGGAAUUUCAUACAGUGGAAUCCACGUUUCUGGAUGCUGUUGAUAGAUUAGUAGAAGCAGAGAAAGAAUGGCUGUAG